AUGGGGUACGUGGCGGUGAGCACGGACGCAGGGAGCAGCAACGUGAUGGGGAGGAGGGACAUUAUGAUCGCGUUAAGGGGAACGCUGAAGAGCGAAGAGUGGGAGAUCAAUGCGAUGGCCAUGCUGGUGUCGGCUUCUAAAAUACUAGGGUCUCCCAAUGGAGUUGACCCUUUGGUGCACUUCGGGUGGUACUCCUUGUACACCACCGCCGAGGAAGGCUCUAACUUCAACUCUAUUAGCUGCAGAGACCAGAUUCUAGAUGAGAUUAGAAAACUGGUGUAUGCUUACAAAGACGAAGAAAUAAGCAUCACCGUCACCGGCUACAGCCUAGGCGCAGUCCUCGCAACUCUGACAGCCACCGACAUCGUGGCGAACGGAUAUAAUAAGCUCGCUGGUCGGCCCGAAAAGGCAUGUCUCGUGACGGCAUUUGCUUUCGCGAGCCCCCGCCUCGGCGAUGAAGGCUUUGGAAAAGUGUUCUCCGGGCUGAGCGACAGUCUUCGAGUGCUUCGCAUCAGAAACCUGAAAGACCCAAUCCCCAAGCUUCCGCCGGCGACCCCGACAUUCCCAUACAUUGAGGUGGGAGAAGAGCUGGCGGUGGACGCCAACCAGUCUCCCUACUACAAGCAGGAUUCGUCGCAGUUUCAUAAUUUGGAAGUGUAUCUGCAUACGAUUGCGGGGGCGCACGGGCCACAGGGACAGGGAGAGUUUAAGUUGGAAGUGAAGCGUGACAUUGCGUUGAUGAACAAAUCGGCGGAUGCGGUGAAGGGUGAGUACCUGGUGGUGCCGAACUGGUGGGCCGCCAAGAACAUGUCAAUGGUGCAGAGGGACGAUGGGUCCUGGGUUCUAAUGGAUCAUGAAAGGGAUGAUGAUGAUUGA